AUGGUCGGGCAAACGAGGAGUAAGCUCAAAGGAGCGGCGCCAGAGCCGCGCCAAUCUUCCCGCUCCAUGCAGUCCAAGCGGCGGCGCCGGCCCACCGGAGCCGGGGAGCCGGAGAUGGAGGAGGAGUCGCAGAAGGAGGUGGAAAAGCCGGAGCUGCUGCAGCAGCCUGCGCCCGUAGGCGGCGGGAACCUGCCCGGUGGAGCCCGGGACUAUUCGCCGCGGAGGAUCCGAAAUCUGCACGGGCAAAAUUGCUUGCACCUGGAAGUGGUCUCCAGGAAUCUUUUUCUGGGACGCUUCCAGUUCCUCCACUUUCUUCUGCAGCGGCUCCGCGAGAAGGUGCACGUGUUGCAGACGCGUCGGUUCUCUAGCAGGAGCAUUUUCGGCAUGGCUGCCUUUGUGGGAAUUUUGCACUGGAUACAUUUAAUAACACUUUUUGAAAAUGAUCGCCAUUUUUCUCACCUCUCAUCUUUGGAACGGGAGAUGACUUUUCGCACUGAAAUGGGACUUUAUUAUUCCUACUUCAAGACCAUUAUUGAAGCACCUUCAUUUUUGGAAGGACUGUGGAUGAUUAUGAAUGACAGGCUUACUGAAUAUCCUCUUGUAAUCAAUACAGUGAAACGCUUCCAUCUUUAUCCAGAGGUAAUCAUAGCCUGCUGGUAUCGCACAUUCAUGGGAAUAAUGAAUUUAUUUGGGCUAGAAACUAAGACCUGCUGGAAUGUCACCAGAAUAGAACCUCUGAAUGAAGUACAAAGCUGUGAAGGAUUGGGAGACCCUGCUUGCUUUUAUGUUGGUGUGAUUUUUAUUUUAAAUGGACUAAUGAUGGGCUUGUUCUUCAUAUAUGGUGCAUACCUGAGUGGGACUCAACUAGGUGGUCUGAUCACAGUACUGUGCUACUUUUUCAACCAUGGAGAGGCCACCCGUGUGAUGUGGACACCACCUCUCCGUGAAAGUUUUUCAUAUCCAUUCCUUGUACUUCAGAUGUAUGUUUUAACUUUGAUUCUCAGAGAAAUGACACAGGACAUUCAGAGUGAAGAAGAAGUUGAUGGGGCGAUCAUGCCACCCCCAAGAUUCCAGCAUUGUGCCUGGACCCCAAGGCCCCAGACUCCACCACCACCACUGGGCCCACAGAACUGCCCUGAGAUAGCCUCAUUAUUUCCCAUGUAUAUUGUGGGAUACAUUGAGCCAAGCAAGUUUCAGAAGAUCAUUUAUAUGAACAUGCUAAUUCAAGGUAGUGCUUGGUGGUGUGGAACAAUCAUUUUGAAAUUUCUGACAUCUAAAGUCUUAGGCGUUUCAGACCAUACUCCACUGAGAUACACAAAGACAUUAUUGCUUCCAGUUGUUAUGGUGAUUACUUGUUUUAUCUUUAAAAAGACUGUUCGUGAUAUUUUAUGUGUUUUAUCGACAAACACUUAUCUAAGAAAACAGCUCCUUGAACAUGGUGAGCUGGUUUUUCACACAUUGCAGUUGUUAGCAUUUACUGCCCUUGCCAUUUUAAUUAUGAGGCUGAAGCUGUUUUUGACACCACAUAUGUGCAUUAUGGCUUCCUUGAUGUGUUCUCGACGGCUCUUUGGCUGGCUUUUUUGCAGAGUUCGUUUUGAGAAUGUUAUCUUUGGCAUUCUAACAGUGAUGUCAGUACAAGGUUGUGCCAACCUCCAUAAUCAAUGGAGCAUAAUAGGGGAAUUUAAUAAUUUGCCUCAGGAAGAACUUAUACAAUGGAUCAGACAGAAUACCAGACCAGAUGCUGUUUUCGCAGGUGCCAUGCCUACAAUGGCCAGUGUCAAGCUGUCUACACUUCAUCCCAUUGUGAAUCACCCACAUUAUGAGGAUGCAGACUUGAGGGCCCGGACAAAAAUAGUUUAUUCUGCAUAUAGUCGAAAAUCCCCAAAAGAAGUAAGAGAUAAAUUGUUGGAGUUACAUGUGCAUUAUUAUGUUUUAGAAGAGGCAUGGUGUGUUGUAAGAACUAAGUGA